AACAAUCGGUCGCCGAGGAGCAAGACGGUGGUCAAAAGCCAACACCUUCCACCGCCUUUUGACUCGACUUUCUUCUCGGUAAUUACUUUCCAGCCUCCGCCCUGAGAAACUUGCGAUAUGGGACUCAGAAGUGUUUCAGUGAACGGCGACGCCGGCAAGACAACCGAACAUCCUUGGUGGAAAGAAGCUGCAGUCUACCAGAUUUACCCAGCAUCCUACAACGACAGUAACGAUGACGGCAUCGGUGAUAUUCCAGGUAUCACACAAAAGCUGGAGUACAUUCAAUCUUUAGGCGUGGACGUGAUCUGGGUGUGCCCAAUGUAUGACAGUCCUCAAAUCGAUAUGGGAUACGAUAUUUCUGAUUACGAAGCCGUCUACCCUCCUUAUGGCACUGUUCAAGAUGUGGAAGCCUUGAUCAAUGAAGUUCACAGCCGUGGAAUGAAGAUCAUCUUGGACCUGGUUGUUAAUCACACCUCGGACCAACACGCUUGGUUCAAGGAAUCACGCUCUUCGAAGACCAAUCCCAAGCGCGACUGGUAUAUCUGGAAGCCCGCGAAGUAUGAUAGUGAUGGCACGCGAAAGCCUCCGAAUAACUGGCGAAGCAACUUCGGCGGAUCUGUCUGGGAAUGGGAUGAACUGACUCAGGAGUACUACUUACAUCUAUUCUGUCCGGAGCAACCGGAUGUUAAUUGGGAGAACGAGGAGACGCGCAAGGCUAUUUACCAAAGUGCGAUGAUCUUUUGGCUGGAUAAAGGCGUUGAUGGCUUUAGGAUUGACACCGUCAACAUGUACAGCAAACCAACAGGCUACCCCGACGCACCCAUUAAAGAUCCUGCUGCCGAGUGGCAAGAAGCUGGACUGGUGUAUUGUAACGGGCCGCGCAUGGACGAAUAUCUGGGCGAGAUGAACGCGAUUCUCUCACGCUACAACGCAAUGAGCGUGGGAGAGUGUCCAUUCACACCGGAUCCUGCUAGAGUGCUCGGUUACGUCAGCGAGAAAGAGGCCAGACUUAACAUGGUCUUCCAGUUUGACUCUGUAGAUGUCGGUAUGGGCAGUGUAUUCAAAUACAUGACCAAGCCGUUCAAGUACACCUUGGCCGAUGUGAAGUCUGCAAUCGGUCGCACGCAAAAACUAAUUGACGGAACGGAUGGUUGGACGACGAGCUUUAUUGAGAACCACGAUCAAGCUCGCAGCAUCUCGCGCUUUGGAAACGACUCACCGCAGUGGCGCUCUCGCUCCGGCAAGAUGCUUGCCAUGCUCUUUGCAUCUCUGUCCGGGACCCUCUUUAUGUACCAGGGCCAGGAGAUUGGUAUGAUCAACAUACCUCAAGACUGGCCGAUCGAAGAGUAUAAAGAUGUGGACACUAUCAAUUACUAUGCUGAGGUCGGUCGCAGAAACCCGAACGAUCCUGGGGCACAGAUAUCGGCGAAGGCAGCUCUGCAGAAUCUGGCUCGUGACCAUGCUCGCACACCGAUGCAGUGGUCAUCGGAAGUGAAUGCAGGCUUUACGAGUGACUCAGCAAAGCCUUGGAUGAAAGCCAACACCAGCGCUCAGGAGGGCAUCAAUGUUGCUGACGAGUCCAGAGACUCAUCAUCCGUGUUGGGUUUCUGGAAGCAGAUGCUCAAGCUACGGAAGACAUAUUCCGAUUGUCUCAUUCAUGGGGGAUACAAGCUCGUGGAUGGCGACAAUCCCACAGUUUUCUCCUUUACCAAGUCUUCGACUGCUGGUCAUUUCAAGGCUCUCGUGAUCUGCAAUUUCUCCAGUAAAGAGAGCGAGUUGCCUUUGAUUGAGGACUUGGACGCAGCGGAGCUAAUCUUUGACAAUGUUUCUGAGACACAAGCUGGAGCUCGCUCAACCUUACAGCCAUGGGAAGGAAGGCUUUACAUUGUCAAGAAGGACACCGAAGCUUGAGUAAGAUAGACCUGAGAAUAGAAUAGAGUUAUUCGUGUUGUCAUCUGUGGUCCAGUGCUAACUUUUUCGAGGCAAGAAACCGUGCUUGAUGUGUCCUUGAUGAAUCUCAUGUUCGAAAGCUGAAAUGACCUGAUCU